AUGGUCUUCGACGCCCUUGCCGUGGCCAUCACCCACGCCACCGACUGCGGCGAGGGCAAGGGCGAGGAGCCGCGCGCCGCCGCCGUGCUGUCCGCCACCGAAGUUGGCGCAAGGGUGUGCGGCGCGCAGCUGCUCGCCUCGACGAUCGGGCCGCUGGUGCAAGUCCCGCUGCCGACAUAUAUCCCAGGCGGCCCGGCUCCCCGCGACUUCUCUCGCUGGUCGCCGGACACGCAGUACGGGCCAGUGAGCCCACAGACUCAAUUCAAGCUGCGCGCCUCGUGCCUCGUGAUCGUUGAGCACCUGUGCCGCGCCGCGGCCGUUGCCGGCGAUGCACCUCGCGUCUUCCGGAUCGCGAGCACGCCCGGCCUGGCGCCCGCGCUGCAAGACUCCCUUGCGCUGUGCAUCUGCUAUGAUGAUUUCUGGGUGCAAAGGGCGGUGGCGGGCAUCGCGCACUCUGUCCUCACCACGUGCGGGGCCCCGGGACGCACACUCCUCUUGCGCGGGGCGCCGCGGCUCCCUGGCAUCCUGUCGCGGUGCAUUGACAUCGGAGACACCUACGGCGGCACCCAGCAGCAGGCCGCCAUAGGUGCCAGCGGCCGCAGUGGCCCGAGCCGUGGCUACGCUGAGGCGGCACUGGCCAUUCUGAUGGCGCCCAGCUCUGGGCCGGGUGCGCAGCCAUGCCGCGGUCGAAAGGGCACCGGCAGAGACCCACAGGGCAAGAAUGGCGGCAAGCGGCUCCCAAAAGAGCGCAGGGCGGCUGCGACGGGCGGGCCGCCGCGCUGCUGUGCAUGCGGCAAGCCGGGUGCAGGCAAGGGCAAGAAGGCCCUGAGCAGCUGCAGUGGCUGCCAGGCAGUGCAGUACUGCGGCCAAGCCUGCCAGCGCAAGCACUGGCUGGGCGGCCACAAGACCGAGUGCCAGCCCUACCAAGUCGCGGCGCAGAAGGCGGCGGAGGAUGGCGAGGUGACCAUCCAGAGGCGCACCCCUGGGCUGCUGGACCACCUGUUUUCCAUGAUAGGGGGGCCGCCCGCCUUGCAAAUGCUGAGCAGCUCCGACCAGGACACGAGCGACACCAAGCGCAACACGCCCAAACACCCAUUGGGCGGCGCCAUGCAGCGACUGCUGCACCUGAAGAGCGGCAGCAGCGGCGCAGGCAGUGGCGCAAGCAACGGGCAGCCCUCGCCGUCGCGCUCGCUCGAGCGGUCCCUUGUGCUGGACUCAGAUGCCAGGGAUGCAGCCGCGUCGGACUUGCAGCAGGGCUUGCCACACACGCAGGCGCCGGCGACAGCGUACCGCUCGCCCACCAAGCAGCUCAGGAACCUGUGGGGCAAGCUCGGGUCCACCAUGAAGAAAGGGCGGCGCUCGAGCGCAGCCAGCGGCGGCGACGCAAGCAGCGGCGCUGGCAGCCCCGGCGCGCCCGAGCUGCGCGGAGGGCACAUGCCGCAGCCGCGCGGCGCCGGCAGCAUCGACCUUGACAGCCAGGCCAGCGCCGGCGAGGCGGCGGUCGGCGUGCCGCCUGGCGCCACAGACACGCCCGUCCUGCUGCAUGGCGGUGCGGACGCGGUCGGGGCGUCGUGCGGCGAGAGCUACUAUUCGUAUAGCCCUGCCCGCAGCUGCAGCACCGGAUCGUCGCCGUUUAUCCCCCAACAUGUGUACUAUGACCAGACCCUCGACCUGCGGCAGGCCCUGGUCGCCGGCGCUGCUGAGGGCUGCCCAGACAUGCCCCCCUGCGGGCCAGCAGAGAGGGCGGGGAUGGAGCCCAUGCCUGAGUACCUCUUGACGCCCGGCAUGCAGGAGAUCCUUGGGGGCGGAGGCGCAGCUGACGCGGCCGCGACGCCUGGCUCUGACCUGGAUGGCGGCGGCGGCGGCGGCGGCGCGUGGCAGCGGCAGGAGGUGUAUCAGGGCGCGGAUGCGACAGUGGCGCUGCUGCCGGCGUCGCUGCUGAUGAGCGCCGGCUACCCGAUGGACGCAACGGUGGCGCUGGGGCCCGGCGCAGCGGCUGCGGCGGCCGCAAAUAGCGGCGCCUCCAGGCAGCUUUCAGAGGAUGCGGUGGCGUUUUCUUUGAUACAGCCUGAGGAGGGCGAACAACAGGAGGGCGGGGCACCAGGGUCAGCAGGCAACCAGCUUCCUGAAGCAAGGGACGAUCUGGGGACGCUCGCGCGCAGCGCGAGCGCCGCUGCGGGCGUGUCAAGGGAUGACCGGGAAGUGCGGCGGCCGCAAGUGCAGGACCCGCAGCCGGCGGAGCGGGCGGUUGGCGGCGAGAGGAGCGGGCAGUCUGAUGCGGAGGUGGAGCCCGUCAGUGCAGAGGACAUCCAGGUGGAGGUGGGGGCGGCGGUGGCCGCGCAGGGUGCGGCACCGGCGGCCGGCAGCCCCCAGCGCUGCGCUCUCACGGACAAUGCAGACGCAGCAUCGGCCAGUCAGGGCGCAGCAACAGCCGCUGGGAGCCAUGUGCCCGGUGGCGCAGCGACAGCAGCAGCAGACACGGCGGCGGCUGGCGACGGUGUGCAAGACGCAGCGACUGGCCUCGCUGGCGCUUGUGUUGAUGCGGCGGCAGCAGGCCCAGCUGGGGCGGGCCCCAGCGUGGAUGCCUGCAGCACGCCGGGGCUAGACACCGCCAGUGCAGCGGCGGCUGGCAUGCUUGACACGGCGGCGCAGACCAGCCCCAUGCCGCCUGCUGCAGCGAUUGAGGCUUCUCCAGCAACAGUAGAAGUGGCUCAGACUGAGGCGGUGGGCGACUGCGUGCCAGAGGCUGCGGCCUCUCCAGUAGUGGCGCAGCUGGCCGAAGCUGAGGCAGAGGCUUCUGCUGAGUCCGCGGAGACAGGGCCGGCAGAGGCUGGGUCUGCCGGCUCCAUUGCACCGCCCAAGCCCUGCGCAGCAGUAGCUGACGAGGAGGCAGAGGGCUCUGACAGGAAGGCGGCCGCUUCGGACGCUCCAAAAGGUGCAGCGCAUGCAGUCCCUACGGCAGAGCAGCCAGCGGUUCAGGAGCAGGAGGCGGCGGCGGCUGAGGCGCCGCGGGCGCCGCGCCCCCUGUCGGCGGCCCGGGCGCCCGAGCAGCGGCACGAUCAGGCGGCGGCGAUGGUGCAGUCAACAGCGCAGGAGCUGGCAGGUGCAGACGCAGCAGGCCAGAAGCAGACCAGUGCCGCAGCUGGGCUGGAGCCGCAGGCAGCACCAGAAACUGGUGAUGUCGAAGCCGCCUCUGGAAUAGUGCUUUCAGACUAUAUGCCAGCACAGCAGGCGCACCCAGAGGACCAGGGACCUGCAGCCGUCGGAACCCUGACAGCCGCUGACGUGGAGCCGGCGGUCAAUCAGGCAGCAGGUGAGGAGGAGACCCCGGUUGCUCAAGACGAGCCUGCGCCGGCCACGACGCUGGCGGCGGCGGAGGCGGAGACCGAUGCAACGGCCGAGGCUGAGGUGGUGGAGGAGGCCGAGCUUAUUGCGGCGGCAGCAGAGCAUGCGGAGGGCGGGCAGGAGAAGCCGGCAUCGGCGGUAGCCCCCAUGGAUUCAGCGGUCGGCUCCCGCAGCACCUCACCAGAGGCGGAGGCAGCUGCAGCUGCCCAGCUGCUGCUGCCGCGCGACGCAGGGCAAGCGCAGCAGCAAGAGGACGGCGAUGCGCCGCAGCAGGAGCAGCAGCAGGCAGAUGAGCCGGAACAGGGCCGCCAAGAGCGUGAGGCAGCGGCAAGCGCGCCGGGGCCAGCGGCUGCAACCGCAUGGACGGGAGCGGAGGACGCGGGCGCACAGCCAGCUGUGCAUCCACAGAUGCUGCAGGAGGCGGCGGCGGCAGCUGCGGCGACGCCUGUCGCGGCAUGGCGCCCUCAGGGGCGCAAGUCGGGCGAGGAUGCCGUGCCUGGGGCGGCAGGCACGGCCCCCAGCGCGGCCAGCGGCCAGCCAGCUGGUGCAGACGACGACGCGCUCGAACAGCUCGCCGGCGCCGCGCCUGCGUCCAACGCCCGGCUAUCAUGUGCGGCUUCCCGGGCGCCGGCGCUCGCCUCCUCAGAGUCCCCGGUGGUGGCAUCGCCGGGCGGCGCCUCGUCGUGCGCGGCGUUCGAUACCCUGGAUAGGCCCGGGCGCAGCUGUGAGGCGGCAGGCAGCCCCCAGGAGGCAUCCUCCCCGCCACCCGCUGUGGAGGAGCGGGACAAGCUCACGAGAGCACAGGAGUUGCCAGCGGCCGACGCAGCAGCAGUAGCAGAGGCUGCCGCUGCGGAGGCGGAGCGGGUGUCGGCGGAACAGUCGGAGUCAGGUCCGUGGCAAGGGCAGGCGGCGGCAGAGAGCGAGGUCGCCACCGCAGAUGAAGACGGCGUUGCCGAGGGCGAGGAGGAUGAUCUGGUACCAGAUCUCCCAAUCUGCGAGGAGCCCCAGAUCGCGGCCACCGCCGGCCCGCGCGGCGCCAGCCAGGGCCGCCUGAGCGCCUCGUUCGCCCGCAGCAGCGCUCGCACGCGCCGCAGCGCCGCCGGUGCGCCGGGCGGCGCCGGCGCCGGCGGCGUGCGCGAGAGCAUCCCGCUGUUCGUGCUGCGGCCCGGCGCGCUGGGUGUCGCCGCGGGCGGCGGCGGCGGCGGCGGGGGCGAGCUACUGCUGGGCAUUUCUGGCGACGACGACUUUGACGGCAGCGGGGAUGAGGAGUUCCUCGCCCUCGGCGCCGCGGGCGGUGAUCUCAUGCUGGAGGAGCCCCAGGGGGAGGGGCUGCAGGGGCAGCGGGCAGCAGGGGACGAGGGGCGGUUUGGAGGUCUCGGCGGGGCGCUGGUGCCGGUGGAUGAGAUGGGGCUGAGCAGCCCGACGCUUUCGGAGGCAUCUGGGAGCCCCCUGCGGGGCCAGUGGCUGCCCGCGGCGGCGCCCUCCGAGCCUGGGUCCCUCUGCAGCAGCCCGCGCAUCAGCGAGCGGUCCGUCGGCGGCGGGGGCGCGUCGCCGCGCGACGGAAGCCCGCUGCGCCUGCAGCGGGGUGGGGCCAGUCCAAGCCGGUCGGAUCAGGCGGCGCUCUCUCUUCAAGGCGAGUCACCCGAGCGGCGGCGCACCGCCGCCAGCACCGCCGCGCCGGGCGGCGCCCCCAGCGGCAGCCCGCCCGCCGCACCCGGCACGGGCGUCGGGGCGGGCGCCGCGUCGCCGGGCGUCUCGACUGCCACGCUGACGCCGGCUGGGCUGCGCAGCCUCGCGGCUGCGUCCCCGGGGCCGUCUCCCUUUUUCACGCCUUCCCCAAGUGGCGCCGGCGCGUCGGCCGCGGCCGCGGCGAAGGACGAGGCGGUCGCCGCGGCGGUGGCGGCCGCCCGGGCGGGCGCGGCGGCGUUCGGGUCGCCGGCGGUCGGGGCCGCGGCGAGCCCUCUUUGCGGACGGGCGGCAGGUCGCGGCGGCCAUGCGCCCGCCCCUGCCAGCCCGACGCUCGCGCUGGGCGGCUCUGGCGCGGCGCGCGGCGGCCACGCCGUGCGGGGCGGCGCCGGCCAGCCGCCCACGCCGACGCUCAACCUGCUGGACCAGUCCGGCGUGUCCCCCUCGGCCGUCUACCACGCUCGCCUGGCGGGCACACCGUUUGUGCAGGCCGCCCACGCUGACGUGGACGCGGCCCGCAACGCCCCGCUGGACGCCAGCCCCUUCGAGCUUCGUGACAUGGACACGUUCAUGUUCAGGGAGGACCUGGAAAAGGUGUGCCUCAACCUGGCAGCCAACAGCCCCAGCGCGAGCACAGCCAGCCCCGCCGCGCCGCCCUCCGGCGGCCGCGCGGCCCCGCUCCCGCUCGCGGCGGCGUCGCCGGUCCCAUAUGCGCCGCCUCGGGGGAGCCCCGGUGGCGGCGGCGGCGGCGGCGCACGCGGCAGUGGCGGGGGUGACGGCGUGGCGGACGCGCUGCUAGCGGCGCAGCUGCGGGUGAUGACUCAGAAAGCGGCCGGGUUUGAGCGGCAGCUGCGGCAGGCGCAGGCCGAAAACGAGCAGCUGAGAGAACAGCUGGCAACCCUAGAAUUUGAAAAGACAGAGCUGGGCCAGCAGGAUGAAUUUGAGCGAGAGGCGCGCCUGUUUGCUGAGAGCCAGCUGGCAGCGGCGCAGCACGACUCAUCGUUGCUGAGGCAGCAGGUGUCGGCCCACCAGCAGCUGCUGGCAGAGGCGCGCUCCCAGCUGCAGCUGCUGCAGCAGGAGCUGCUGGCGGCGCAAGAGGGCUGGGCGCGCGACAGGGAGGAGCUGGAGGGGCGGGAGAGGCAGACGGCCGCUGAGCGCGACGCAGCCCUAGACCGCGUCAACUUCCAGGACGUGCGUCUGACCGCCCUUGGGGGCGCCAACGUUGAGCUGCAGUCAGCACUGGCAGUGGAGCAGGGCCGUUUGGACGCCAUGGCGCGGCAGCUGGUAGCAAAGGAGGAGGAGCUUGUCAAGGCUGGCAACGAGCUGGUAGAGGCCCAGGCGCAGACAGAAAAGGCGAUAGAGCAGGUGAGGGUCGAGGGCGCCGAUGCAUCUAUAGGGCGUUGCCGGCCACAGCCGCGCGCACGGCGCCGCGCCAAGACCUAG